UCAACAAUGUCAGGAUCGUCAGGAUCAAUGGAGCAAGUGUUUGUGAGCGCAAGGAUCCUGCUUUGAAGGUGAUUAGGUCAUUAAUCACCACGGUGCUUGAUGUAUAUGUGAAGAGUUCUAAGUCUUGCUUUGAUCCUGUACGGUGCUUGGAUGGCAUUGGAGCCUCAGGUGUAACAGGUCUUCUCUGGAAGAAGCACAUUUGUGAUAAUGUAGCUGUUACAAUAAAUGAUUCACGGGUGAAAGCUUACGAAAGAAUUAAAGAGAACGCAGAGUUGAACCAUUUAGAUGUGGAAGUUCUAAACAGAGAUACAUGUGUUUUGCUUCAUGAACAGGCUUACAAUUUUAUCUCCUUGGACUGCCAUACGAUGGCUGCGCAUUAUUUGGACUCAGCCUUCCGAAACCUUCCAAAGGAUGGAAUUCUGGCUAUAACCACAACCGAUGAUGCUGCACUCCAUGCUAUAAUGCCGGAAAUUGUGCUGAGGAACUAUGAAGGUUUUGUUGCCCGAACCUUCUACUCGAAAGAGCUUGCAGUGCGGUUAUUUUUGGCAGCUGUUGCCAGGGCUGCUGCUCGAUAUAACAAGGGCCUCAUUGUGCUGUGUUCCAUAGCAUUCAAAUCAUCAUUCACAGUUGUAGUGACUGUUAAACGUGGUUCAGCACAUGCCAACAAAAGCAUACAGAACAUCAGGAAACUCAUCCAUUGCACUAUGUGUGAGGACAGAACUUUUUAUCCUCUUACCAACUAUCCCAUUGAGUUACCAUCAUCCUUACUUGGAUGUGGGUGUUCACGUAAUUUUCCAGGCAAAGUUGCCAUAGAAUUAGGACCAAUGUGGUCAGGAAGUAUUUUCAGUGAGGAAUUCCUAGUUGCUGUGCAUCAUCACAGCCACAAGUUUCCUUGGAAAGUUAAGGCAGAUCUCUUACUUAGGCAACUUGUAGCUGAAGCGAGAUGCAGCUGUAAGGAUGAAAACAAAUUUCCACAUGAAGAAGAGAACUUUAUUGAUAAGUAUGGAAAUGAAAGCGACAAUGAAAAUCAGGCAAAGCGAUUAAAAGCAGAUGAUGAUGAUAAGGAAACUGUCAAGUCAGGAAAUUUGCUUUCAACAUACACUGUUGAAAAUGAACUUAUUAAUCCUCUGAUUUCUUUGGAAUCUAAUAAGGAUCCAGCACCACCAUUUUACUUCAACUUGCAUCGUCACAGUCCUAAAGGACCGCAAUUGUUACGAGUUGAUACAGUGAUUCAGUUUUUACAAAAAGCUGGAUAUAGAGCAAGUCGGACUCAUUUUGACAGAGGAGCAGUUAGGACAAAUGCAAGUCUGUCAAACCUCACUGCAGUUUUGACACAAGCUGCAAAUGUUAAUUAAUACAUACUAAGUCUUAGAACAAUUGAUUAUUGUUAGAAAAUUGUGUAAUAGUCAGAUGCAAGAAAAUGAAGUCAUUAAUGUUUUCUUCCUAAAUGUGCAAAAUUUUAAGUAUAUGUUGAUAUGCCAGCUGCUUAAAUAAGAUCAUUCUUCUGUGAAAGUGCAGAAAGUGAAAAAUCUCAAAUUUUGUUCUAAAAAUGCGUCAAACUUUUAUAUGAUGCCUGAUUUGAGGUACACAGAAAAUAUGCUGAUUCCCAAAUCUGUUUUCAAAUUGUAAAUAAAGUCCUGCUAUUUAA